GGUCAAUCUGCAACUGCAAUCUACGGAGGUAAAAUGGCUGGGGAGUUUGAAAGCGUUGAGAAGUCAUUAGAAAAGCAUCUUCCUCCAAAGGAACUUGCUGAAGUGAGAAGAAUUCUUUAUGGAAAAGAGUUAAAGGCAUUAGACUUUUCCUCAGAAGUAAAAAAUCUAGCUGACAAGAAAAACUUUGAGCUGAAGGGAUAUGCAUUCACAGCUGAGAAGGAGAGUCUGCGUCCUGCCCGCGUCGUACGAGUCGGGCUGAUUCAGAACCAGAUCAUUCUGCCAACCACAGCUCCCGUCCCACAACAAAUUGAGUCCCUCCAUCAAAGAAUCAGUGAGAUCAUUGAAGUAGCAGCACAGUGUGGUGUCAAUGUACUUUGUACUCAGGAAGCCUGGACCAUGCCAUUUGCAUUCUGCACGAGAGAGAAACACCCGUGGUGUGAGUUUGCUGAGCCGGCAGAGACAGGGGCCACAACAAAGCUGAUGCAGGAGUUGGCCAAAAAACACAAUAUGGUGAUUGUUUCCUCUAUUCUGGAGCGCGAUGAUGAGCAUGGAGAAAUCCUAGCAAACACAACAGUUGUGAUCUCUAACACUGGGAAGUACCUGGGCAAAUCCAGGAAGAAUCACAUUCCUCGUGUAGGGGACUUCAAUGAGUCUACUUAUUACAUGGAGGGAAAUACUGGCCACAAAGUCUUUCAGACUCAGUUUGGAAAAAUUGGCAUUAACAUCUGCUAUGGACGCCAUCACCCUCAGAACUGGAUGAUGUAUGGAGUCAAUGGGGCAGAGAUCGUCUUUAACCCCUCAGCAACAGUUGGGGCCCUCAGUGAACCGAUGUGGCCUAUUGAAGCCCGAAAUGCAGCCAUUGCAAACAGCUACUUCACUUGUGCUAUCAACAGAGUUGGAACGGAGAUUUUUCCCAACGAGUUCACAUCUGCUGAUGGUAAACCAGCUCACAAGGAUUUUGGUCAUUUCUAUGGGUCGAGCUAUGUGGCAGCACCUGAUGGCAGCAGGACUCCUGGGCUGUCCAGGACUAGAGAUGGACUGAUGGUGGCAGAGAUGGACCUAAAUCUGUGUCGGCAGGUCAAGGACAGAUGGGGAUUCAGGAUGACUCAGAGACUAGAUAUGUAUGCAGAAUCUCUGGCCAAAGCUGUACAACCAGACUAUCAGCCAGACAUUGUGACAGAGAAGUAACAGAGAAGUGACAGAGAAGUAAAACCAGGUAGAAGAUAAGUGCACCAGUGGUUGAUGCACAUGUACCAGCCUAAAGAAAUUUGAAUCAAAAUACAUUUGAAAUCAUGUAUACAAAUACCAAAAUCUGUAAUGAUCAUAUCAAAUUUUACAGGCAUUUUUGUUUUUUUGUUUUUUAAAAGCCUUCAACAAGGGCAAUGGGGUCUAUACUAGUCUGAUAAUUGCCAUAUUUGACAUUUGAUUUAAUGCUGGACAUUUAGUUUGUAAUGCAUUGAGAUCUGAAUUUUAUUAUUUUUCAGCAAAGUUAUACCAGUGAUUUUGCUAUGCUUGUACACACGCACCUGCUGUAUACCAAUAUAUUGGUUGGGGGAGUUUGAUAUAUCAUUCUACGCAUAAUGCUUUUUUUUAUUAUUAAGAUUUGUUAAUCUCACAAGAUUGGAUUUAAAAGAAAAUGUGUUAUUUUUUUCUUUAUUAAAUUGAGAUAUAAUUACUGAAUGUUCACAAAUUUAAAUUAGAAUUAUAAUGUACAAAGCAUACAUAUACCAAUCUAUUUUUUUGUUCUGAUCAGCUGAUUUAAGCCUUAAUUCCUCAGGUUACUUGUUUUGAUUUAUGUGACAUCAAUUUUAUAUGUGAGCCGUGAGGGCAGAAUGCUUACCUUUUUGUAAAGUGUGUGGAAUUGUUAUGAUAUGUCUGAAGUUAAGUAUUACUAGCAUAUUGAAUAUAUAUAUACAUAGAGUUG